AAUGGCAAUCAAAAAUCUUCAUCUCACACUCUCCACCUUCCUUGUUUUUCUGCUUAUUUUCGCAGUUGGGGAAGCCAGAAGAGACAACACCAAAAACAUCCUCAUAAUUGGGCAAGCCAGUACCAAAAACAAAACAACCUCAUCUUUUGAUUUCAUAAAAAAAUUACAAGGUUGUCGCAAGGGAAGCAACAAAGAAGGGAUCCAACAACUCAAAACAUACCUCGAGAAAUUCGGUUAUCUCGAAAACCAAAACCAACCACAUCCCCACAAUGACCAUUUCGACGAAACCCUAGAAUCCGCCCUCAAAACCUACCAGCAAAACUAUCACCUAAAACCCACCGGAACCCUUGACCCCGCAACAAUAUCCAAAUUGACAGCCCCAAGAUGCGGGGUGGCUGACAUCAACAACGGAACCAACCACAUGCACCACGUGCACGAGCAUGGCUCGAUAACCAUGUCUCACUACAGUUUCUUUGGCCAGCAAAAAUGGCCUAACUCAAAAACACAUUUAGUUUAUGGUUUUUUGCGUAACACUCCUGCAGUGGCCAUCCCUCCUAUAGAGAGUGCUUUACAAAAGUGGGCUUCGGUCUCUAGUUUCUCUUUCUCUCGAGGCCGGAGAUAUGUCGAUCUGAUCAUAGGCUUUCAGUGGCGAGAUCACAACGAUGGAUACCCGUUCGAUGGACCUCAUGGAGUUCUAGCGCAUGCGUUCGCCCCAACGGAUGGGAGGCUACAUCUGGACGGAGACGAGCUAUGGUCAAUCGGUGCAUUUCCCAACGCGAUCGACUUGGAGUCCGUUGCUCUACAUGAAAUAGGGCAUCUGCUUGGACUUGGACAUAGCGACAAUCAAGAUUCAAUCAUGUAUCCUAGCAUUUCUGCAGGUGUGGUCAAGAAUCUGAAUGAUGAUGAUAUUCAAGGGAUUAGGGCUUUAUAUAAUUAGUUAAUUAAUGAAUUUGCUUCAGGUGUGUAUGCUUGUAUGAUAAAUUUUCCAUCGCCAUCUAGGUCGUAGCAAUCAGACUAUUAUGCGUAGGCGUUUGCAUUGCUCUACCAUUUGUAAAAUAGCAAAAGUGAUGGCUAUAUCUGUUGGAAUAAUUGAAUGAACAAUUACAUAAA